CUCAUUGAGUCGUGCCUCAGAAGCAACCUAGUUCUCAGUGUUCAUCGGGGCACAGGGUGGCUAGAGCUGCUCCCCCCGAGCACCGUUCCCGGGUAGAGCCCCCCGCCUGAGCCCCACAUGAUGGGCGGCCCCUUCGUUCUUGCGGGCCCUCGAUGGCCGAGGGCAGACCCCGUCUCCUAGCAACACAGAAGGAGAACCUGCUGAUGUCGACACCCGGGUGCUGAGGCACCUCUCGAGGAUGUGGAGCCGGUACCCAGAGCCGCAGCUCAUGAUGGGCGCCCCAGCUGGGCUGCUUCUAGGGCUUGUGGCCAUGCUAAGGCUGUUGGGGACACAUGGCUACGAGCCAGAGACCUGUGGGAAACGGCCCCUGGCACCCAGCCAUGGUGGCAACGUGCGGAUUGUGGGGGGCGUCGACGCCUUGCCCGGAGCGUGGCCCUGGCUGGUCAGCAUCCAGAUCCCCACUCCCAAAGGGCCCCGGCACUCGUGUGGUGGCUCCCUCCUCUCCAACAGCUGGGUCCUCACUGCCGCUCACUGCUUCAAGACCAAUCGGAGAUCGCUGGCUCAUUGGAGGAUUGUGGUGGGGGCCACGGACCUCUCCCAGUUGCCGAGCUCCGUACAGACGCCGAAGGUGCACGGGGUGAUCAUCCACCCAGACUACAAUCCCCGCACGGAGGCCAACGACAUUGCACUGAUCCAGCUGGACCAGCCUGUGCUCUUCACCAACUACGUGCAGCCAGCCUGCCUGCCUCACGCCACGAGGGACUCCAGGAGCUCCUUCUCCAACUGCUACAUCAGUGGCUGGGGCACCACCGCCCAGAACAGUGUGAAGACAUCCGAUGUCCUGCAGGAGGCCAAGGUGAACCUACUAGAGGUUGACAAAUGCAACAGCAGUGAGUGGUACAACGGGGCCAUGAGCCCCUACACCCUGUGUGCGGGAUACGAGGAAGGAGGCAUCGACAGUUGCCAGGGAGACAGCGGAGGGCCCCUCAUGUGCAAAACCGACCCCAACUCCCGAUACUACGUGGUCGGCAUCACCAGCUGGGGGAAGGGCUGUGCCCAGGCAAACAACCCCGGGGUCUACACCUCCACGCAGCACUUCCUGGAGUGGAUCCUGGGGAAAAUGGCGAGCCAGAUAAAGGGAGGGGUCCAAGAGGAGACGCUGCCGCCCGGCCCGGCCUCUCUCUCCCACCACCCUCCUGGAAUCACACUCCUUCCGAACAGAAGGCCAACGAGGGCUACUGCAGAAGAGCCCCCCCCCGAGGAAGUGGCCUCGUCCACUCCCCUCAAAGCCACCACCAGGUUUCGGCUGACCAAUGCUCCUUCGGACGCCUCGGAGAAGGUUGCUGGACUUCCGCAGUGGCCCAUGACGCGCAAGAUGCCCAUGAGCAAGGAGCCCGAGCCCACCAUCCACGUGGGCCCCCCCUUCGUCCCUCUGCUGGCUUCACCUCCAGCCAUUGAACCCCCAUUUGUCCCUCAAGAGAAAAUGGUCACCCUGGAAGCCCCAUUUUUCCCCCAGGAAUCCCCUCCCACACCUCCAGCCCCUCCAUUAAUCCCUAAAGAUAUCCCUCCGACGCUCCUCGAGGCCCCCUUCGUCCCUGCAGAGCUGCCUGUCACGCUACAGCCCCCCUAUAUCCCUCAAGAUAACAUCUUCACUACCCCACAGCCCCCGUUUCUCCCCACAGAGCCCCCAUAUGUCCCCUCAGAGCUGAUGUUAACAGAGAGCACCCCCAAUUUUUUAAAGGGUUAUCCCGGGCUUCAGGCCCCAGAAUACGAACCCCCGUACAUCCCCUCCGAAACCUUUCCCACUCUGGACCCCCCUAACAAUUCUCCAGAGAAAUCUCACACACGGAGGCCCUUAAAUGACCCCCCCGUGACAGUUGUCGUUGUGAAGCCCCCCACUAGCCACCCAGAUCCCUCUACCUUUUCUCCAGAGGCACUAACCACACUGGACCCCCCUAACGUUUCUGAAGGAACAUCUCCCACACUGGACCCCCCUAACAUUUUUAAAGAUGACCCCCCCACACUGGAUCCCCCUAAUGUUUCUGAAGAGACACCUCCCACACUGCCGCCCCCCUACAUCCCCCCAGAAACACCUCCCACGCUGGAGCCCCCAUUCAUCCCCACAGAGCAAAGAGUCACUCUGGAACCCCCCUACACCCCCGAAGUGUCACGUCACACUCUGGAGCCCCCCUACACCCCUGAAGAGUCACAUCAUUCUCUGGAGCCCCCCUAUACCCCUGAAGAGUCACAUCAUUCUCUGGAGCCCCCCUACACCCCUGAAGAGUCACAUCAUUCUCUGGAGCGCCCCUACAGGCCCAUAAAGUUAUCUUUCACUCUGGAGCCCCCGGUCAGACCCACAGAGAUCCCUUUCACUCUGGAGCCCCCCUACACCCCCAGAGAGAGACCCUUCACUCUGGAGCCCCCCUACACCCCCAGAGAGAGACCCUUCACUCUGGAGCCCCCCUACACCCCCAGAGAGAGACCCUUCACUCUGGAGCCCCCCUACAACCCCCCUGAGGUGCGCCCUACUCUGGAGCGCCCAUAUACACCCCCAGACGUGCCUCCCCCACUGGAGCCCCCCUACAUCCCCCCAGAGAAACCUCCCUUUCAGCAAAGCCAACUUUCUGGAAACGCCUUAGACUCCCCUUGGAAGUCUAAAUACUUCCCGCUACAGACAGGUGCCCCCCUCCGGAUCUCACGGAUGCGCGCCAAGACCCGCCGGCACUCUGUGGAAGGGGCCCCCUUGGACACCCGCUCUGAUGUCCAGCAGCCCCUGCCAAAGGCAUCCAAAUAAGGCAGGCCAGGCAGAGGGUCCGUCCCGCUUCCAGCCCACCACGUGGCUAGCCCUCAGGCUGCCCUGCCAUGGCCCGGACCCCACACAGCUGUGCUGCAGAAGGUGCAGUCUCACAUCCCAAAAACUCUUGCCCCACAUCCCAUAACUCUUGCCUCCCUAGUCCCAUGGCCUCAAUCCGCCCUCUGGAUUUCCAAGACUGCCACAGACAAGCUAGGGGGGAACGCAGGCCACGGCAGAUGCAGGCCUUGUUCAGGUCAACCAAGAAGGAGUUCCCAUCUGAGAAUGGAUGGUUUGAUGCAUGCCCCCCCCCCCCGCCCUGGGCAGCAGUGUCACCUGCGGGAACGACAGAACAACAAUACACAGGGUGAGGAAUCUC